AGGGUACCAGUAUCAGUUGCCAUGGUGAUAACACGAAUAAAAAAAAAGGAAUCAGCUUUGUGACAGUCAGAACUACAUUUUACUCUCGUAUCCUUCUGAAAUCAGACUAUCUGACAUUGGUUUAAGAUUGGCUCAAGAAAUAAAUAAGUGGUUCUCAAUACAAGUCAUGUGUCACGUCACCAAAGGUUAUGACAAAACAGGUUUCUGUGUGGGCAUGAUGAACCAGGCUUUGACUGAACCGAAUGCUGGACAGUCCACACAGGUCUAUACUGAAGAUGAAAAGCCUCCUCAGAAAGAUCCCUGCUAUGAAAAAGAGAAUGUCCAUGAAACCUGUUCUACUGUGAUUCCUGUUGGAGCAGGAACUUGGGGUGAUAGCAGUUUAUCAUGGAUCAUUCCCCAUACUUAUCAACAAAUCAUCUCACCAGAGAUUCUGGACCCAUUCAGCUUUAGAUUUGAGUACCCAUAUCAGGCCAUGCCGUGUCAGCUGACCUACCAAAACUACCACAUGGAAACCCAGAUGARCCAGAACCAACUCACUGCUGAUCCUAGUCCUUCCUACAGCAGCCACCUCGACUCAGCCUCUGCCAUUUGGUCGAAUAAGGAACCAGUUUUCUCCAAUGUGGACUUGUACAACCCUGUACCCAUGGAAAAUCUGCAGUUUCAGCAUCAACCUACUGAAGUUGCAUCUCACAUCACUCAGACUGUGAUGUAUGACGUCGUUGGAGGUGGACAAGUAGUGCUAGUUACUCCCCCCGAUGCAGGACCCACAUAUCUGUCCCUGGAUUCUGCAGAAACACAUCAACACAAUAAAAUGACCCCAGGUGAAGUUGCCAGUGUGUUGGAGACUCCCAAACAACAUCCUGAAAACCAUCAGACAGCUUGUUCUCUGUAUGAGUGCAGAGUUCAGACAACCAAUAUCCAGCCUCAGACCUCUCUGCAGAGACCUGUUGGAGCUUUGRUGGAGUUGAGAUCCAAGAAGCCCUGCCACUGUACCAGAUCAAGGUGCCUCAAACUCUAUUGCGAGUGUUUCGCCAAUGGAGUGAUGUGCAGCAACUGUGACUGCUCUAACUGCCACAACAAUGAAGAGCAUGAACUGAAGCGCCGUGAAGCAAUCAAGUUACGUAACCCCAAUGCCUUCAAGUCUAAGCUUGUUGACUGGAAGACAGGAAAGGCCAAAAGUUGGAACAACAAAGGCUGCAACUGUAAACGCUCAGGGUGCCUGAAGAACUACUGUGAAUGCUAUGAGGUAACUCCAGCACACACAGCGUCUCGCACCACGUGUCUCCGUUCUACCUAG